AUGACCUUCAAAGAGCUUCUCGAGGAGCUCACGCUCCAAGAGAAGGUCACUCUUCUCUCAGGCCGCGACUUUUCUACAGCAGCUGGCGUUGAGAGGCUCGACAUACCGCCCAUAAGAGUCGCUGAUUCCGUCAGUGGCAUCCGUCCUGCGGGCAUCGAGGCGGACCUCACAACAGCCAGUUUCCCCAACACAGCAUGCUACGGUUCGACGUGGGAUGCCGAGCUCCUGGGUCGCCUGGGCGGCGAGCUCGCCCACCAGGCGCGCAUGAAGAGCGCCCAGGUCGUGUUGGGGCCUACCAUCAACAUCCAUCGCGAUCCGCGCGGCGGCCGCAACUUUGAGUGCAUGAGCGAGGAUCCCCUGCUGUCGGGCCAUCUUGCCGGCGCCGUGGUCAACGGCAUCCAGGCCAUGGGUGUCGGUGCGUGCCCCAAGCACUUUGUCUGCAACGACUCGGAGACACUGAGGCACUUUUACGACGUCAAGCAUUCGGCGGACAGCAGGACCUUGAGAGAGGUCUACCUCGCCGCCUGGCAGCAUCUGUUGAGGAUAUCGGAUCCUGUGGGCAUCAUGACGGCAUACAACAAGGUCGAUGGAGCUUUCUGCAGUGAAAACAAGCCCUUGAUGGAGGGGGUGCUCCGGGCCCAAUGGGGAUACAAGGGCAUCACCAUGUCGGACUGGUUCGCCGUGCACAACACGGCCGCACCCAUCCAGGCAGGCCUCGACCUCGAGAUGCCGUUUCCCAUCUUCAGGGGUGCCAGGCUUGUCAAAGCCGUCCAGUCGGGCGAGGUGACCAUCGGCGAGGUCGAUGCUCGCGUGCUCAAGAUGCUGGAGCUGCGGGAUCGGACCAAGGCGUGCCACGGCAUCAGCACCGAGAAGUCCAUCAUCAAUGAGAAGACGAACCGGUUGGCCUGGGAGCUGGCGGCCAGCGGCAUUGUCCUCUUGAAGAACGAACAGGAGGCACUGCCUCUUGACCUGACACAGUCCUCUGCCGAUACGGUUGCCGUCAUUGGGGAGUUCGCGCGAGACCCUGUCAUCACUGGAGGCGGCAGCGCUUCAUGCACGCCGCAGUACAGAAGCUCUCCCGUUGACCUCUGGAAAGAGGCGGUAAACAACGCAGAACGCGUGCGAUACUCUCCUGGCGUGCGGACGCGACGAAUUGUCCCUGUCGCCGACACCGAUAAACUCGUUGCCAAGGAUGGCCGUCCAGGCGCAGACGUGACCUACUUCAACGACGACUCGCCCGAGCCGCUCUUGGAGGAGCACCAGGACAAGCCCGUCGUCUGGAUGCUCGGGCAAUUCAAGCCAGGUCUCAAGGUACCUGGGUCCCGGCUGACGAUCACAACGAAACUGACGCCGUCCACGUCCGGCGAUCACACCCUCGCCAUCAGAUGCACGGGAGCGUUCACCCUCACCGUCAACGGUGAAACCGUCCUGACGGGCUCCGACAAGGGCAUCCCGACGGAGCAGUUCAUCUUCAACCACAUUCUCCUCGAGACAGGCACACAAAUAUCCAUGGGGGCCGGCGUCUCCUACGACAUUCGUCUCGACAUGGCCGGCCCUCCCGAGCUCGUCAUCGGCGAGCCGACCCCCUACGCGGCUAGUCUCUGCUUCGAGGAGGCCUACGACGAGCAGCAGACCAUCGCCGACGCCGUCGCCCUGGCCCGCACCUCAGACGUCAGCGUCAUCUACGCGGGACGCAACGAGCAGUACGAGUCGGAGGGCUUCGACCUCGACGACAUUCGCAUGCCGGCGAACCAGGCCGCCCUCAUCAAGGCUGUGGCCGCCGCGUCGAAGAAGACGGUGCUCGUGCUGCACUGCGGGAACCCCAUCGACGUCAGUGCCGUGGUCCACGACGUCGACGCCGUCGUGCUCGCGCACUUUCCCGGCCAGGAGGGGGCGCGGGCCGUGGUCGACGUGCUGGCGGGCACCGUCUGCCCGAGCGGCCGGCUGGCGACGACGUGGUUCAAGACGCUCGAGGACGCGCCGAGCUUCGGUAACUUUCCUGCCCAGAAGCUGGAGGACGGCAGCGUGCAGAUCGAGUAUGCCGAGGGCGUCGAGGUCGGCUACCGCUCUUCACAGGCGGCGGCCGGAGACAGAGUCCGGUGGCCGUUUGGCUUUGGCCUGUCGUACACGACUUUUCAGUAUGAGGGGCUCGGCGCAACGGCGGAGGAAGACGCGGAGACGGCCGUCUUGCGAUGCAGUGUCACGGUCAAGAAUACCGGCCGAGUCGCUGGUCAGGAGGUCGUGCAGCUGUAUGUAACGCCGGCGGACGGGACGGCCGUGUCACGACCUGAAAAGGAGCUCAAGGCUUUUGACAAGAUCAUGUUGCAACCGGGCGAGUCGAGGAUAGUCGAGCUCACGGUAGAUCUCAAAGUAGCGUGCAGCUAUUGGGAUGAGAACGAGGUCGCCUGGAGGAUGGAGCCCGGAACGUAUGGUGUCUUGGUAGGGGGGCACGCGGUGCCAUUUUCUGUCAGCAAAGGCUCGUUGUGGAACCAUCUGUAG